GCGUCUCAUUCGUCCACGUCGUCUGUAUUUCUCAACCGUUGGAUUCCCACAGAGCUUGAUCGAGUCUUUCGUCUCUAGGACCAUCCUCGUCAUUUCUAGCGAGUGCUAGACUAUCGCGAUGCUUCUGUUAACGGUGACCCCAUGGUGUCUCGAGCUUGAGGCCCUUGUUCCCCUCCGCUGCCAACCUGCCAUCGCCACCUCAAGUCGUCCACCAUGGGGACUCGGCUGCCUUGUGCCGCGUCUCCGCUCCUCGUUGCAUCGCUCUCGCCGUCAUCUUCGCCGGACGCCACCUUCCCCAAUGGCCCACCACGGCUAGAAUCGGCGGUGUUGCUCAGGGCGGACGUGAAGGAGCUAGCUUGUGGCCAUGGCAGACCACCGUGGAGGGAGCGGAGCGGAGCAACAAGGAUGUUAGAGGCACGACUCAGCAAGCUCUCCGCUGACACUGCAGCGAGUCUUCUCCGGGCCAGCCUGUACCGCCACCUGCGCCUUCUAAAAUGUAGUCCCGCCAUGUCUCGGCUGCUGCUCACCUCCCCAUGUGGGACGGACACGGCCGUCCACCUCGACGAGGCCCGUGCUCCCCUGCUUCCUCCACCAAUGGAUUCCUCAUAUUCUUACAGGGAACCCGUGAUCUAAAACCUGCACAAUAGGCAACAGAGUACCUAGGAAAGUUCCACUUCACUGUUCAGCUACCAGAAGGUAAAUAAUUACAUAGUUGUGUAUACUUAAUUUACAGAUUUUACAUGGACACAGGCUGACAGUUCCUACCAUUGAUUUCCGCAAGCAAAAACUACUGAUUUUGUGCAAAUGGACACUGCAUUAUGUUUAGUGAUGACAAAUUAUAACAAGCGGGAAUGGGGAAAUAAUUCAGAGUUGACAACAAGCUCCAAAUUAUAUUAGCCUAAGUGCCUAACAACACUUAGUAAUUAAGAAAUAAUCAUUUUUUGAAUGCAACAGGAAUGAAAGCCCGCUUUCUCCAAAAGACAGAUUAAAACUAACAUGAUUAACUCUAUGUGGACAGUCAUAACUAAGCAGCUCCGGUUACAUUGCUAAAAUGCAGAUUUCUAUAAGAAUUGAAGUGUAUACUGUGAAAGUGUGAAUAUUUCUGCAGAUCGCAUCGGGUCCUGCAUCUCACUUGUUAUCAGAGUUACACUUGUUUUCUACUUUGCAUUAUUUUGUCAGAAACUCUUGUUUUCUGUAGUUACUGCCAUAUUUCAUUCAUUCAGUUCCUUUGUCAACU